AUGAAAAUCAAAUCGAGUAUGGCAACAUACAAAAUAUAAUGCCAACGCACUAUAGGUAUGCUUCAUAAAAUUAUCAUUGUUAUUAUUAUCAUCUAAAAUUAUCUAAUAAAUUAUAAUUAUAUUAAAUAGUAAAUCGUUGCAAAGGAGCUCAACCCAAAAAAAAAAAAAAAUCCUAUUGUGCAACAACAUCUAUGUAAAUUUUCUGGUUUUAUUUUUAUUUUAUUUUCUAAAGAAAAAAGUAAUAAUAAUGGUAGAGUGGUGGAGUUGAAGCGAAGAACAAAAGUUCAACUGGGAACCGCUUUGUUUGGGUUGUCACUUUGUCAGCACAUCAUCUUCAGUUUCUCCACUAUUUCAUUCCGAAUCCCAACUGACUGCAGCGAUAAAUCCCCAAUCUUAAAUCUCACCUAGGGGUUAGGGUUUUUGAUCAACUUAUACUUCAGAGAUGAAGCCAAUUAGGCUUCCGGAGCCGCCGGGAAGCCCGAAGCCGAUGGGCGGAGUGCCAGAUAUAUUCGAGGGCGGCCUUUACGGCGUCGUACGCCGUGCGGUCAUCAUCGGGAACGGUUUUCCGGCGUCGGAGAACCAGAGCAUGGGAUUGGUUCGAGCACUUGGGUUAAGUGAUAAGCAAACGCUAUAUCGGGUCAUGAGACCAACAGGAGGAAUCAAUGAGUGGCUUCACUGGCUUCCAGUUUCUAUCCAUAAGAAAUUGUACUUUAUCAUUAGCCAGAUAUAUGGGUAUUCAAAAAUUUUUAUUUCCAGAAGAGGGAGGAAACUAGCACAUUUACCUGCUGGGAAUGGUGCUGGUGUGGGCUUGUCAUCAGUGUUGGAAGCUGAUGUAAAGAAUAUCGUCAAAAUGGCUAAGGAUACUUUUGAGAAGGAUGGCCCAUUGCUUGUGGUUGCAUCGGGCAGAGAUACGAUUUCAAUUGCAAGCUCUAUAAAAAGAUUAGCAUCUGACAACGUGUUUGUGGUCCAGGUUCAGCAUCCACGGUCUCAUUUGGACAGAUUUGAUAUGGUGAUAACCCCACAACAUGAUUAUUACUCAUUGACCCCUCAGGCACAAGAGCAGGUUCCUCGCUUUCUUCGGAAAUGGAUAACACCGCGUGAACCUGCUGGUGAUCAUGUCGUCCUCACAGUAGGAGCACUUCAUCAAAUAGAUUCUGCUGUACUUCGUAGUGAAGCUAAUGCCUGGCACCAUGAGUUUGCACCUCUUCCUAAGCCAUUGCUUGUAGUCAACAUUGGAGGGCCCACAAGGUACUGCAGAUAUAGCACAGACCUUGCAAAACAGCUGAUAGCGUCCCUUUACAAUGUUCUCACGAGCUGUGGAAGUGUCAGGAUAUCUUUCUCGAGGCGGACACCUGAAAAGGUUUCUAAAUUAAUAAUUAAAGAACUUGGAACUCAUCCCAAAAUCUACAUAUGGGAUGGUGAAGAACCUAAUCCACAUUUGGGACAUCUGGCUUGGGCUGAUUCUUUUAUUAUAACGGCUGAUUCAGUUAGCAUGUUGAGUGAGGCUUGCAGCACCGGGAAGCCUGUUUAUGUUGUUGGAGCUGAACGCUGCACCUGGAAACUUGUGGAAUUCCAUAAGAAGCUAAGGGAAAGAGGCCUGGUCAGACCAUUUACAGGUCUUGAGGAUAUGUCAGAAACCUGGGGUUACCCUCCUUUGAACGAUACUGCUGAGGCAGCAAGUCGGGUGCAUAAAGCACUUGCUGAGCGAGGAUGGAGAAUACGGCCAUAAAACCACUUAAAUACAUUGUUGUUGCAACAUUAAUCAUCUCAUCAAAAAAAUUCUCCAGUAGCAUGCCUUUCCUUUUCUUCCCCCAUAUUAUAGCUUCUCUUUUGAAAAGAGAAAGUGCCACAGAUAUAUAUACUUGUUGAGGUCAAGUAGCAGCAGUUACAAUAUUUUUACUUGUAAAAUAAUCAUUACCUUCAUUCAUGCGGCCUGUAAAUUUUGAUGCCUUGAGUAGGCUGUAAAAAUGAACAAAUCGCAGAGUCAAAGUAAAUUAUCUUUGUGAAGGCCUUUGUGCUAUAUAGCGUUUUAUACAUUUAAGAAUUCAAAAAUUUUCCCA